CAAAAGAAAAGGGAAAACGGAAACCUUCACAUUAAUACCAUGCAAUAUAUGAAACCGGCGUUUCGAAACGUGGCUCCCUACUGCCACGUCUAUUCUCGUUCCUUAAACCCUGAUCCUCUCCUUCUCGUAUCUCCGUUUUGGAGACCCGAAACGUUUCGCCUUUCAGUCCCCGUUUCAUGCUUCUCCUCCUCAAUGGCGGAGCCUCAGUCGUCGCUAGAGAAGCAAUUCGACUCGUUUAGGGUUCAGCUGGAACAAUCUGGAACGCUCCGGGGCAGAAUUCGAAGCGUCGUUUCGGAGAUUGAGUCUUCCACUAGGCUCAUCUAUGCCACUCUUCUUCUCGUUCAUCAAUCUCGCCCCACACCCGGGCUUUUAGAGAAGGCCAAGUCUCAGGUCAAUGUGUUAAAGGAACAGUAUAAGGAGCUUUCUGAAGUUCUUGGAGGAAGCUCUGGGCAAUACUAUAGGUAUCAUGGUGAUUGGAAGAGUGAAACACAGACUGUAGUUUCGAUGCUUACGUUCAUGCACUGGCUAGAAACAGGAAGCCUUCUCGAGCACAAAGAGGCUGAGGAAAAACUUGGGUUGGGUUCAGACUUCGGUCUAGACGUUGAAGACUACUUAAUAGGUGUCUGUUUUAUGUCUAAUGAAUUGCCAAGGUAUGUGGUGAAUCAAGUGACAGCUGGGAAUUACGAUUGUCCAAAGAAGGUCUUAAAGUUCUUGACAGACCUCCAUGCUGCAUUUCGUAUGCUUAAUCUUCGCAAUGAUCUUUUGCGAAAGAAGUUUGAUGGCAUGAAGUAUGACCUAAGAAAAGUAGAAGAAGUUUAUUAUGAUGUUAAAAUUCGGGGUUUGACACCGAAUGGUGAGCUAAUUGGAGACCUGGAGAUCAAGGAACCAAAGGACAAUCGUUUGUUGUGAUAGCUGUUAAGCUAAAACGAGAGAACUUACGACCUGGAGCUUUACCGACUGCUCAACAAUUAUGCACCUUAAAUACUUUGAUAGGCUGCUGGACUUUCUCUUUAGCUGUAACUGAACUUUUCCAUCACCGCCACCACCACCUCUACAACCACCACCACCACCAACGCCAAUACCACAACCACCACCACUACCAACACCAAUACCACUACCUACCACAUUCACCACCACCACCACAACCAACACCGGCACCUCGAAUACCAACACGACCACCCACAAUACCACCAACACCAAUGCCACAAUCACCACCACCACCACAACCAGGUGUUUUCACAAUGUUCUAAAUGGAAUAGUUUUUUUUUUAAUCUCUCACGUCUUUGGUAAUCAAUGAACUGAAUGAAGUAAUUUCCUGCUAUAAAUUGAUAUUAAUUAAGGAAUCCAGGAGACAUGAAAGUGAGAAUCAAGGAGGUAAUUCGUUUAUUUCUUAACAAGUAACACGCUACGUAUAAGCUUAAAUUGGUGUAGGGAUAACCGGUCUGACUUUGAUUAUAUUUGUCUCUAUUUUUCUGUAAAAAUUAACAUCUAUUCUAGAUGCUCAUUUGGAUUUUAGCUUU